AUGUGGACUAUCAGUCCGAUUCGCCAGCGUAUCCAGUACUAUCUUGUUUUUUUUCCGAUGGGGACAGUGAGAGACAAAGAGCCUGAUAGAGAGACAGAGUUUGCAAAGAGUUUGCAUGCCGAUGCACGUUCGAUAUCUCAUCAAACGGAGGCACCUGCAUUGCCGAAUCAUUCAUCAACCAGCAAGGCGAGUGUUCUUGGCCGCUUUCCAUUGGUCGGGAACCGCACAGCUCUGUCUCACAGCUAUGCAGAUGUAAGUAAGAUGGCGUGGGUGCAUUUCCCCAAAACCGGGACAUCCAUCAUGAACGUAUUCUUGACUGCUGGUUGCCCAACCAUGCCUUCAAAUGAGUCUGUGUCGGACGUGGGGGGGGGAGGAGCAGGGCAUGUCUUAUUCUCAAAACUAGCCUCCAAAUUCCAUUCGUCGUGCUAUCCGGGGUUUACGGUGUGCGAGAACCACUACCCAAUUUCACUUGGAAUGCGGGCAUGUCCUUUUUGCGGUCCAUCUGAUCCAGCUUUGACCGGGAGACCUAUGAAAACUGUCCGUGGUUGUCGUGAUUGGAACCUGCAUCGCGGAAAUUUUGUGACAAUGUUACGCCAGCCAGAGCAACGCGUUGUGUCUUCGCUUAUGCAUGGACAACAUGAUUGCAGGAAUUUCGAGGGAAACAUAUCUGAAUAUGGCCAACGUGUAGCUGGGUGCUACACAAACAUGUUGACUGGUUAUCCGUGCGGCUGUGAAGACCCAGCCAACGCAAGCAGAGUAUCAGUUGCAAUCGAAAGGCUUCGGACAGGAUUUGUGUUUGUGGGUCUGGUUGAAGAGUGGUCUCUCUCAGUAUGCUUUUUCCACGCAACAUUUGGGAGCCGCUGCAGCUCCCGCGAUUUUCUCAACGUCCGCCCUGGCGCGGAGGCAAAAAAGAAAAUGGGCUCCUGUGGCGACGGCCCCAGAGACCCUCACAGCGGCAAGUGCUUUGACAGCUCGUACAGCUACUCCACCGAAGCGCUCCAAGGCUGGACAGAUCCGUACGACGGCCCGGUCUAUGCGGAGGCCGUUGCCAUCUUCUGGAAGCGAGCUGCCACCAUGGGCGUUGACGCAGAAGCUUGCCAGACUGCGAUAUGCCCGGAAUUUGCCCAUUUGUUCUGA